GACCUGAAGUCAGAAGUCCGAGAUUUCCGAGUGCCCAGUUGUCAUGAACGCGGCAUUAUCUCAUUUUCUAAUAUCCCUGGUCAGUCAUAUGACAAGGAAGAAAGGCAAUCGGUGUUGUUGUUGGUUUAUUAAAUGGCCUGGGGUUAUGAAAUAAUAUGAACAUGGAUUUAAAAUGAAAUCACAGCAAGUUGCCUCGUCAACGAAACUGUUUGUCAUGUAAAGAAAGGGAGGAGUAUGGAGAAUGAUGAACUUCCGUCAGCGGAUGGGAUGGAUCGGCGUGGGGCUGUACCUUCUGGCUAGCGUGGCUGUCGUCUACUAUGUCUUUGAGAUCGACCAGACAUACAACCGUCUCACCCUGGAGCACGUGGAGCGGGUGGCUCAGGAACAGCGACCUCUGCCAGGGGACAACACGCCUCCCGCCGCAUCCUCUGGGCCCCCAUCCUCACUGCCCACCUGGACCCAGAGUCUCAAAACUCGCCUGCUCCUCUUGCCCUUCUGGGUGUGGGUCACCAUCUUCCUCGUGCCCUACCUUCAGGUGUUCCUCUUCCUCUACUCGUGCACGCGCGCUGACCCCAAGACGGUGGGCUACUGCAUCCUGCCCAUAUGCCUGGCGGUACUCUGCAACCGCCACCAGACCUUUGCCAAGGCGUCCAAUCAGAUCAGCCGGCUGCAGCUGAUUGACACCUAAAGUGUCCAACCGAUUUGAGAUGGUGGAUAAUAUGAGAGGCGGGGUGAGCAGCCUUAGUGCAUGCUGCACACAAUCUUGGCGGUGGCCUACUACUCUCAUACCUGAACUACAGGAUACUUAACACUCACCUAGUGCACUGUGUGAAGUGUUAAGCCUGCCAGGUAUCACUAGGCAAUUCACUUGGGGGUUUCGUGGUGGUUUUGUUGAUGUGUAUGUGUGCUGUUCUUGAGAUGAACAAUGGUACGCGUUUCACAACCCUUUGUAUUUGUGAUUUCUUACAUUCAACAAAGGCUGGACCAAAGGGUGCCACGUGCUCCAGGGUCUCACCACAGUACCUGACUAUGAUACAGACACCAAUCAUUGAGGGUUUAUCCGUUCACUGCAAGGUCCCACUUUUUUGAGCAAAUAAUUCUGAGGAAAGUUUGAGAGGCAUUUUGGUUCAAUCAUCAUCCCAAAACUAUUACCACCCCAUUGACUCAAGUACGGUGAAAUAUGACGUGUCAACUAAUUUGUACAGACAGUUUUAGGAAUGUGAUGCCAUUUUAAAAAACUGUCUUCGUGGAUCAGUAGUGAUUCUUAGAUAAGUACUGCAGUGUUGUUUUGUUAUUGGUCUGAAUGUAUUUUGUAGUGUUAUUUACUGCUGUGUUGGCUCAGUAAUUUCCUUCUACAUAGAAUGACAAAAAAAGCAUGUUAUUACUUGCAAUAUUUAGGAAGUGUUUCGGGGAUUUGUCAAUUGGUCAAUCUAUCCAGUAUUUGUCUAAGAUAAAUAUCUUGUGCCUUUUUAGGACCCCCCCCCCACCCUCCAAGUAAAGUCAAAGAAAGUCCACAAAAAGCACACAGACCAUGCUUUUGAAAAAUACAGAUCUUCUACUACAGCCAUCGUUUGUCCUUGUGUGCCAUAAAGUGACAAAAACAUGACAUUGUCAAUGUUUUGGCCUUUUUUAUGAGGAUCCUUGGUCCCUUUUUUGUAAGACAUGUAUGUGGAAAUGUGUUGUAUGUUCAAUGAGUUGUGGAAUCCUUCACAUGUAAGUUACGAGGAAAAUGUUCACUGCCAACAAAGAUCAUUUCCUAUCUUGAAAUGAUCAAUGGGACAAAUAUGGCUUUCCUAUAUGAUCUUAAAUAUGUCUUGGCUCUCUGUGCCACAUUAAUUUAUAUGGCAGGUAGUGUCCUUAAGCAUUUCUGCAAAAUACUCAUUUAAUUUGAACGUUGUUUUGAAAUCAUCUUUGGCUACUCUUUGUGUUUAUGGUGGAGGUCAACCUCCAUAUUUGUAAAUGUUUCCAAUUGAUUCGAGAUGGUACUAUUCUGAUUAAGUUUUGAUUUAAUUUUCCAUCUACAUUAGCACAGUAAUGAAUGUGCAAAAGGUUUAUUUGACCUUCCUCCCAACACAGGGAAGUGGCAUGACCUAAAGGGAAUUUGGCUGGGUUGUGUUCAGUAAGGCACACAAACUCUUUAACAGAAAAUACAUUUGUCCAGGUAAUCAUUCCAUGCUUAUCAGUUCUGUUUGUUUCUUAAUGAGCACAACCCUGAUUUUGUCCUUGACUAUACAGCAUGUCACUCAUUGCACAGAGGCCCAAGUGUAUGUGGGUUUGUGCUCUUCCCUUGUCCUUGAUUAGUAAGAAACUCCCCUCCCCUGGUUGUCUAGGGCUAAAUUGAAAGCAAAAACCAACAGACUAGGCCCUCUAUGUAAUGAGUUUGACACCCCUACUAUAAAGCAGGGUUUCCCAAACUUUGUUCUGGGGUGUUUGUUUCUGUUUUUUGCCCUUGCUCUACACAGCUGAUUCAAAGCUUGAUGAGUUGGUGAAUUCAAUCAUCGGUGUAGUGCUAGGGCAAAAAUGUGCACUGGGGGGGCUGUUAUAGAGGACAAUUUACUUGGGUUUUGGACUGGGUGUUUAGUGGCUCACAUUACAUUUUCACUGAACACCGUUUCAACUUCAUUCCUCUAUUUUUUUACUAUGUUGCACAACUUGGGUCGUCAGAAGUUGCAGUGUCUACAAAGGGUCACGUUCAGUAGGCAUAAGAUGGAAGAAGGAUUUACAGAUGGAGUUACUACCUGAACUCAUAAGAAUGCUCAUUUUCAUCCAUUUGUUCCUACCGAAAGUACUAUUGGUUUUAAGAUUCAACUGACUACAGUAACUGAAACCUCAAGCUAGCCAAUAACCUGAUUUGAUCAGUAAGUGUCAAAGGUCGAAUCAUACAUUGUAGAAGCUUCCCUACUCAACCAGAGUUGUCCACCCUUGAUUCAACCUACACAAGUCCCAAAUGAUAGUUUGGACGUAGAGACACUGCCUGUCAUGGUUCCUCUAGGUUUUUUCUGUUUAUUAAAAAAAAGUUAAUGGGAAAGGAAUAGUCGUAUUAGGAAAAAAAAAAAUAUGGGCUUGUUUGGUCUGUCUAAAAGAAUGAGUGGCUAUUCACGUUGGUGCUUCUGAUUUUUAUUGCCUUUCAAAUCUAAAUGCACUGUGAUUAAAAUAAGGUCUGGAUUGUAAGAAAAUUAAACGUUAUGGGAAAAUGUCU